CUGUGUGAAUCUUAAAUGUGGUGAGGUAUUGCGCGUGCUUGACGACACCGUCCCGGGAUGACCAUCUCUACCGCGUCCGUGUAUAUAUAUGGGGAUGUAAAUGUUCCACCAAGUGAUAUUUAACUCAGAAUUGAAUUACACAUACUAAAUACAGACUAAUUUUCUUGAAGAAUCACUUCAGUGCUUUAUUUAAGAACCGAGGUCGUCAGUUGUUAGUUAAAAUCUGGUGCUGGACGUUUCCGAUUAUAGAAACAGCCAUGUUAACAUUAAAAACGAAGACUCGGAACAGCUUAUUACGGUGCGCGUUUCUAUUUCCGAUGUUAUGGGAGCCAUCUACAGGAAUAGUCGCGGAAAAACUGAAAAAGGACACCACAGCUUCCAAUCGCUUAAUUAUGAAUGCACUUGUCGACCUUAUACGUAACCCUGUUUACUCUAUAGAACGGGAAAGUCGAAGUGAGAUACUUCGUGGUAUCUACACACAUCUCAAAUACCACCCUGUUCUCAUGGAACGGAGGCUUCACGUGGGCUCACAUCCUCCACAGUCAAACUCUCAUACACAGAAACGAGACGGGUCUUUCGUCCCCGGGAUGGCCCAGCCCGCAUGCCCGUAUAACACCGACUGGCGCCUCAUCUAUCAGGCAAAGGACAUCAACGAUUCAGACGUAGAGGUUUUUCAACCCACAGGUUCCGAUAUAUCAGGGAGACAGUGGUUCUACACAGUCACGUGCGACACAGAUCUCUUAAAACUAGAAAACCCCGGAUGUAACAACUGCUGCCGAGGGGUGAAUAACCGCAGGUACGCAUCUCGGUGUCUGCCUAAAAAGUCCUUCGUAAUGGCCCUGGUACGGCUCUCUCCUGAUGCCACAUUCGACUGGAACUGGAUUCAACUAACCACCAGCUGCAGCUGUGCUGUGUCUCCGCUGUCGGGGACAUAGUCCGUCCAAUAACAAAGUCGCGAUGACCCGCACUUAAACAUUAUAUUAAAGUGUCCAACACUGACCAUCGCCAGGGCAGAUUUGGAAUCGUCGUGUUUCGAUACGAGGAGACAAAGAUGUGAACUAUCAAAGUUAAAACAGGUCAUACAGUACAUUUAUUUUCGAAAAUGAUCAACACAGCCUCGAAUUGGAACAUAUGUUGAAUGUGGUUAACAAAGACUUUGCAAUUUAAUCAUUAUAUCCUUAACUGUUAAAGCUGGCGUAUGUAAAUAUGUAUUGUGUAUUUGUAGUUCUGCUGCCCCAUUGUAUAUACAAAGUGUAACGACAGCUGAACCAAGCAGAAUCAUACUGGAAACCCAUUCAUUGUCAUCUGUAAAAGCAAGCAUCGCUGGUCUCAUUAUUGCAUUGGAGCAAAGCAAUAUGGUCGUAUGUUGGUGUUUUCAAUAACGCUAUCUAGUCUUAUUUUGGAAUUUCACCUAUGCUCGUUUUGGUGUUUUAGCAAUACUGUGCAGUCUCGUUUUGGUAUUUUAGCAUUGCUAUCUGGUCAAUCUGGUCCCGUUUAGGUGUCAGCAACGCUAUAUGGUUCCGUUUAGGUGUCAACAACGCUAUCUGGUCCCGUUUAGGUGUGUCAACAACGCUAUCUGGUCCCGUUUAUGUGUCAACAACGCUAUCUGGUCCCGUUUAGGUGUGUCAACAACGGCAUCUGGUUCCGUUUUGGUGUCAACAACGCUAUCUGGUCCCGUUUAGGUGUGUCAACAACGCUAUCUGGUCCCGUUUAUGUGUCAACAACGGCAUCUGGUCCCGUUUAGGUGCGUCAAUAACGGCAUCUGGUCCCGUUUAGGUGCGUCAAUAACGGCAUCUGGUCCUGUUUAGGUGUGUCAACAACGGCAUCUGGUUCCGUUUAGGUGUGUCAACAACCCUAUCUGGUCCCGUUUAGGUGUGUCAACAACGCUAUCUGGUCCCGUUUAGGUGUGUCAACAACGCUAUCUGGUCCCGUUUUGGUGUGUCAACAACGGCAUCUGGUCCUGUUUAGGUGUGUCAACAACGGCAUCUGGUCCUGUUUAGGUGUGUCAACAACGCUAUCUGGUCCCGUUUAGGUGUCAACAACGCUAUCCGGUCCCGUUUAGGUGUGUCAACAACGCUAUCUGGUUCCGUUUUGGUGUUAACAACGCUAUCUUGUCCCGUUUAGGUGUGUCAACAACGGCAUCUGGUCCCGUUUAGGUGUAUCAACAACGGCAUUUGGUCCCGUUUAGGUGUGUCAACAACGGCAUCUGGUCCCGUUUUGGUGUGUCAACAACGGCAUCUGGUCCCGUUUAGGUGUGUCAACAACGCUAUCUGGUCCCGUUUUGGUGUGUCAACAACGGCAUCUGGUUCCGUUUAGGUGUGUCAACAACCCUAUCUGGUUCCGUUUAGGUGUGUCAACAACGCUAUCUGGUUCCGUUUAGGUGUGUCAACAACCCUAUCUGGUUCCGUUUAGGUGUGUCAACAACGCUAUCUGGUUCCGUUUAGGUGUGUCAACAACGGCAUCUGGUCCCGUUUUGGUGUGGCAACAACGCUAUCUGGUUCCGUUUAGGUGUGUCAACAACGCUAUCUGGUCCCGUUUAGGUGUGUCAACAACGCUAUCUGGUCCCCUUUAUGUGUCAACAACGGCAUCUGGUCCCGUUUUUGGUGCGUCAACAACGCUAUCUGGUUCCGUUUUUGGUGCGUCAACCACGCUAUCUGGUCCCGUUUAGGUGUGUCAACAAUGGCAUCUGGUCCCGUUUAGGUGCGUCAAUAACGGCAUCUGCUCCAGUUUAGGUGUGUCAACAACGGCAUCUGGUCCCGUUUAGGUGUGUCAACAACGGCAUCUCGUCCCGUUUAGGUGUAUCAACAACGGCAUCUCGUCCCGUUUAGGUGUGUCAACAACGGCAUCUGGUCCCCGUUUAGGUGUGUCAACAACGGCAUCUGGUCCCGUUUAUGUGUUUCAACAACGCUAUCUGGUCCCGUUUAUGUGUGUCAGCAACGCUAUCUGGUCCCGUUUUGGUACAAUACAGUGCUGUCUCGUUUAGGUAUUUCACAAGCGCUAUCUAAUCUCCUUUUGGCAUUUCAGCUCCCUAGAUGCUGAUGAUUAUACUUAUACAGACAUGUCCGUUUGUAUCACUCCCGAACACAUGUCUGCUAGUUAGUCUGCAUGGUCUUCUACUAAAUUUGAAGUGUAGAGGUCAGCAUAUAUGUUGAAGAACCACUGACAUAUUUUUAUACCACUCAUUAUUGUUGUGCAUGCUGUGUUUUUCUUUUAUUUUUUUUAAGACAAUUCCUGUAAUCUUGUUCCAGGGGAAACAACUCUCUUAGAUGCCUUUUCAACAUUUUAGAGGAAUAGGACAAAUUAUUUCUUGUAAAGUCGUCCCAUUUUGCAAUAAAUAUAACAAAAAGC